AUGGGUGCCGUCGUGUCUUGUAUAACGGGUGUCUUCCGUGCUAUCGGCUCCGUCCUCAUGGCCAUUGUCGGCGGAAUCGGUGCCAUCCUCCGUGCCAUCAUUGAUGGUGUCGUUGCCGUCUUCGAUAUUAUUGUCGGCUGCUUGACUUGCCAGGGCUGUGGAGGAAGAAGACGUCGGCGCAGAGCUGUCGUAUAA